CCUUAUUAUUAAUUAACUAACUAAUCCCAAAAAACCUUUCUAAUAACAAUUUCUUCAUUUAAAUUUUAAAUAAGCCGCGUAAUUGUUACUGUUUCGACCGGCUUCUGCAUAGAUGUCACCACCGCGCGGUAUCCGGCAAAGAUGGCUGACAAAACAGUGUCGAUUUCCCAGCAAUUUUCGCGACCGAUUAAAGUGUUAAAAUGGAAAGUCUCCGAGGGAAAUUCAUUAUCAAUCGGUAGAGUGAUUCUUCUGUACGAUUUUGAGGGGGCGAUCAAGUGCGAACAACGUAAAUUAAAGUCUGCUCAGGCCGGGACAGUUCGACGCUUGGUUGUACAGGAAGGCGCCAUUGUUAAGAAAGGAGAACUACUUGUAGAGUUAUCACCAUGUAUACAUCCAACAGUAAUGAAGGAUAUGUGCGGAGAGUGUGGAGCAGAUUUAAGAAAAGAUGAUUCAGCUACUACAGCAUCAGUACCAAUGGUACAUGCAAUACCUGAAUUAAAAGUUAGUGAAGAGUUGGCUCAAAAAUUAGGUAAAGCUGAUGGUGAUCGUUUAUUAAAAGACAGAAAACUUGUUCUCUUGGUCGAUUUAGAUCAGACUUUAAUUCAUACAACUAAUGAUAACAUUCCUCCCAACAUCAAAGAUGUAUAUCACUUCCAACUUUAUGGGCCUAAUUCUCCAUGGUAUCAUACUCGAUUAAGACCUGGAACCCAUCAAUUUUUAGCAAAUAUUUCUCCAAUGUAUGAAUUACACAUUUGUACUUUUGGUGCCAGAAAUUAUGCCCAUACGAUCACGACGUUUUUGGAUGGUGAUCAACGAUUUUUUUCAAAUAGGAUCUUGUCAAGGGAUGAAUGUUUUGAUCCAACUAGUAAAAAAGCUAAUUUAAAGGCAUUAUUUCCAUGUGGUGAUAAUAUGGUUUGUAUAAUAGAUGACCGUGAGGAUGUUUGGUCACACGCAACGAAUCUAAUCCACGUAAAACCAUAUCAUUUUUUUCAACACACCGGUGAUAUAAAUGCACCUCCAGGUUUAGACAAACAAGAAAACGACGAAAAAGCAGGUGUCGAUUUAACAAAAAUUAAAAUAACAUCGACGUCUAAUAAAAAAGUCAAUGGAAAUUAUGUUACACCAACAGAAAACAACGAUGUUAGUAAAACAACGUCCAAUGGUGACCAAAAAAUUGAUGAAGAAACUAAUAGUACAAAAAAUAAAGAAACCGCAACAAAUGGAGAUUUAAAAAAAGAUAGUGAAAAAAAUGGUAACGAUAAAGAAGAAAUUAAGGAAGAUAUAGAGACAAAAUGUGAUGUAGUAAACGUAAAUAAUAAGGAAAAUAAUGAAGAGCAUAAAGAAGAAAGUAAUGAAGAAAAGGAAAAAGUAAAUAAUGAUGAAAACGAAAAAGUAAAUAAUGAUGAAAAUGAAAAAGUAAAUCAUGAUGAAAAUGAAAAAGUAAAUAAUGAGGAAAAUGAAAAAGUAAAUAAUGAUGAAAACGAAAAAGUAAAUAAUGAUGAAACCGAAAAAAUAAAUAAUGAAGAAAACGAAAAAAUAAAUAAUGAAGAAAACGAAAAAGUAAAUAAUGAAGAAAACAAAAAAGAAAAUAAAGAUGAUAACAAAAAAGAAAAUAAUAAGCAAAAUGAAGAUCUAGGAAAUGAAAAUCAAAUUGAUAGUGAUAAAGAAUAUAAAGAUUUAAAAGAAGAAAAUGUUAAGUUUGAAAAGAAAAGUGAAAUGGUUGAAGAUUUAAUAGAAAUUGAUGACCCUGAUGAUUACCUCUUAUACCUAGAAGAUAUCCUUAAAAACAUUCACCAAACAUUUUAUGAUGAAUAUGAUAAGUUAGAAUCAGGGCAGGUCCCUGAUUUAAAGCAAGUUAUUCCCAGGGUUCGAUGCCAAGUUUUAAAAGGUUGCAACUUAGUGUUUAGUGGUUUAGUACCAACACAUUUAAAACUGCAUGAUUCCAAAGCUUACCAAGUAGCAAAAAGUCUUGGGGCGAAAAUAACGCAAGAUCUUCAAGAAGAUACGACACAUUUAGUAGCUGUUCGACCCGGUACUGCAAAAGUAAACGCGGGUAGACGAAGAAAAAAUAUUAAAAUUGUAACGUCCGAUUGGCUUUGGGCUUGUGCGGAACGUUGGGAACACGUGGAAGAAAUUAUUUUUCCUUUAAAUAGUAAAGGGUCAAAAAACCGACACCCUCCGCCGCAUUGCAGCAGUCCAGAACACGUCCCAAAUUAUCCCGAAGGUAAUCAACAACGGAAAAGGACAAGUAGCGGAAGAUUUAUCGAUAUGAUUCCAACUAUGAUGUGUUUCUCAAGUGAUGAUAUAGCCGAUAUGGGAAAAGAAGUUGAUGCUUUUAUGGAUGAUGACGAUGAAAGCGAUAGCGAAAGUGAGGCGGAAAAUGUUAAAGAUGUACCAAAAAUUUGUGUAAAAAAGGAUGAGAAAGAAUCGAGUAGUUCGGAUGAAUCUUUAACAGGGGAAUAUCCAAAAGGUUUUAAAAGAUUACGAAGACAAGUGGACGAAGAAGACAAAGAUCCAAUAGAUAACGAUAGUUCAAUAGAUGAAUUUCCAAGUACAAGAUUUCGUCGUGGAGAGAAAUUGGAUAACAGCGAUUUAGAUUUAGAAGAUGAUACCAACAGUCCUGGAAGUGAUGAAGCUCCCGAUGAAGUCGACGAUGGCGAUUGGAACAUGAUGGGUGCAGCUUUAGAACGUGAAUUUCUCUCGAACAAUUAAACCAAGAACAAAAAAAUAAAAAAAACGUGCGCGUAAGAAAACAAACUGUAAAAAAAGAACUAAAAGUAGGUGAAUAGUUCUGACUGUGAAGACUUAAUUUAAACAAAGUAAUAAAUAAUUCAUUAAAACUGAUUAGUUAAUUAUGUGUAGCUAUUGUACAAAGGCGCAAUCGGUUUACAGAAGAAAAUAAAUAUAUUUUUUAAGUAAAAUCAGUAUUAACUCGUCCUAAAACUGAUUUAAUCUGUUUUUUACGUGUUUAAACAGUCGCUGUUUACGCUUUUACACUAAUGUUUAUAUUAAUAUUAAGUUAAAUUUUUUUAAGUAAUUGUACGAUGUUAAUUCGUACUUUUUAUACUUGUUUUAUUUUGUCAAAAUGUAUGUUGAAUAAAAAGAAAAUAUGCUAUAAAA